UGAUGUAACAACAUACUAUUGAAGUCACUGGGUCAAGCACCAAAGAACUUGCGUGGGUUAAACUAGUAUUUAUAUGAUUGUAAUCGACGGAAAGACUUACAUAACGGACUUGUAUCAAAGACACAAAACACGUGAAACGUAUUGUAAUUUUUAUUCUUAAACAACCUAAGUUGUCAAGCAAAGAAGAUCACGCGUGUGUUAGAAAGCAAAAGUGCUUCGAACAGCCGAACAAGAGGAUGUUUUGGAUUUAAAUGGAUUAAAUCAUGUUAAAUUUGUGAAAAGUUUUUUUUAAAAAAGUAAUUAAUUGUAGCAAAUUAAAACAAUGAAGAAUUUAUUUUUACUUUCUUUACUUGCUGUUGUAUUAUGCAUUACUUUAAGUGAAGCUGUUGAGUUCCAACAGUACGAAGAUGAUUCACCUGAGGGUCGUAUACAUAAAAAAAACAAAAUUAAGAAGUUGAAGAAAAGAUUGUUAUUAAAUUGUUUGCUUCAGUCUGGUCGUAGACGCAGAAGAGACACGGCGCCCACUGGCCGAUUCUUGUUACCUAUAGUAUUGCAGAGCACUAACGUAAACGUCAACGAUGGCGGAUAUACCGGCUCAGACAGUGGUCAUGACUAUCAAGGAGGAGGAGGAAGCAGCGUCGAUCAUGAUUGUAUGCACCUAAUUAAUAAUCACGGCCCGUUGUUAUCAGGUGCUGUAAGCAGUGCAGGUAGUAUAGCUGGAAUUGGAGAUAGUGGAAGCCGUCAUAGCUAUGGAAUGCACACGAAUUGGGAUAGAUAUGCCAGACAAUUCCAUAGAAAUUUUGUGAGGCCACUAUAUCGAUUAUUUUAAUAUUUAACCAAUGGACUUUCUUUGAGUCAAUAUCAUUGAAUUGCUACCUACUGUAGUAGCCAAUUAACAUGUACAUACAGUAGCUAAUUAUUUGUUUGUUUUUGUAAUUGAAAUUAAUUUUUUAAGGGUAAUUUAUUGUCAUACAUUUAUAUUUAAGUAGAUUUUCAAGUAGGAUAGUGCCAUAAAUAAUAAUUAAACAGUUAUUUUUUAUGAAAUAAUUACUAGUAUUGAAACGACAUUAAAAAACGUGAACUUAAUUUUAUAAAAUAUUAUGUAAUAUAUAUAUAAGAAAUUAAUAUACAUCAUUUAUUAAAAAUAUAUUCGU